AUUAUUCUAAUUUUAAAAUCAUUAAGUAUUCUUUUUUCUUCAAUGUAUAGUUUUUAUAAUACAUGAAUUAUCAUUAGUACAAAAGUUAAUCUAAUGAAAUGUAAUAAACAUUAUAAAUACAUUUUUUUAUAACAUUCAUAUGAUGAAUUUUUGGUUUUGUAAAUUACCCUUCAUCAUAAAUCUCGUAAAUUCCUUUAGGACUCGAUAAUUUUCGACAUUCUCAGAUAAUCGCAUGUCUGCAGGCCGCGCGGCGAGACCGGUACUUUGCCCCCUCUACUUCCACACACUGAACUCACCUGUCAAGCCGUCUCCUGUGCUUUGAUUAUUAUUUUUUUAUGGCGACGCGUUGAACCCUGUGCGUUGCAACGCACAUAAAGGCAGUGGCGUAUUAUUUUUACCAUGUAUUAAUUAAAACAAUUAAUUGAUAUGGCAAAUCAAUUUUUAAUCGUUUAAAAAUGACAACUUAUGGUAUAAUUUGCCGAUUUCUUAUUAUUCAUAGUAUAGGUCAAUAAUAAAAAAAAAUACAACAAUGAGUAACGAAAAAGAUCGAGGAGAUACUGUGACGUAUCAACAAAAUGAAAAAGCUUUUGCAUAUACAAAAAAUCAAAAACAUGCAGCCGAUGAUGAAAAUGACGGUUGGGCAAGCGAUAGUGGCUCUAGUACAGGAUCUUAUUAUUCUAAUAGUACAGGUUCAGCUAUUGAGUGGGAAUCGGAAAUAAGUCCAUCUGGUGAAGUAUUUUAUAUUAAAUCAAUGACAGAAUUCACUCCACUUACGAAUAAUAAAACAGAUAAAGACAGUCAAUUAAUUUCUCCACCGCCAGAAUUGACUAGACGUAGGAGUACUAGAACAAAAAAACUCAUGCGUCUGAUAAAGCGCAAAGAAAGUUACAGACAUAGUGUGAGAUUAAGUGGAUUGGCUUCAGAAUUCAAACGAAAUCAUGAGACAAUCAGUAAACUCAACAAAGAGCGAGAGAAUGCUCUUGGUAACUUUAAAAUGGGUGAAAAGUACACUGUAAACAUUUGGGUAGAUCCUGAAAAAAGACACAAACUUGGUAGAAGAGCUACAGUUUGUGAAGCUUAUUUAGGUAUUGUACCUCAAGUAGCUUCUGACAAAUCAAAAAUUAUAGUCGGUGGUUUUGUACCUGAUGGAGAAGCGCUAAAAUGCAAAGAUAUCAGAGUGGGUGAUUGGUUGCAAUCAAUUAAUUCAAAAGAAGUCACUAAUCAAAAUAUAGAGAGCAUUCUCACAACAAUAACUUCUCAAAAAUAUAUCCUUUGCCAGCUACAAAAAUCUGUGCCAAAUGAAAGUUGUGAGGAUCUUCCUGAUGCUGAACUAAGCUUUCCAAAUCAAUCAAUAUUAGCUAAACAAUUGAUUGAUAAAGAAGAAAGCAGAGUUUCAAUGGAAUCCUUCAUAAAGGAUACAGUAGGAAUAGUUUGUGUGAAAAUUAAUGAAUUUACAGAUAGCGAAUCAGAUUUGCAAGGAGUUUCAUAUUCUUACCCCAGAUCGAGCAACAAGAAUGCGUUAUCUUUUUUGGUAACUAUCAAGGGUGCCUUUGUUACACUGAAUCAUAUGUUACCAGACAUUGCUGGGCCUAAGCCUAUAAGCACAACCAUAAAAACCAGCUCUGGGAUUCAAAAUAUAAUAUAUGAUACUUUUGGAGAAGAUCUGCUUUUAAUAUGUUUACCAGAAAAAUGUUGUGAUAAGCAUACAGCAAUUGAGCUUUUGAAUGAUAUCACAUGCUGCUUGUCAUUCACAUAUGGAAAUUUAUCAAAAUGUUUCAUUAUAGAUGAUAAUCAUAAACACUUGGAUCAUUUUUUUUACUUAUUUUUUUCACAACUUUGUAAUAAAAGUAAAACACAAUUAACUAGUGUUGACGAUACAAAUGCUGUUACAAAUUCAGAUGAUAAAGCAAAAAUGUUUCAUUUGGAAAAUUUAUUGCCAAGCGUUCAAUCUCUUCAAUUACCAAGAGAUGCACAAAUUCAAGUUGAUGCUGCUCUAAGUGAAAUGGAGGCAAUGGAUUACAGAGACUGGAAUCAAGAUCCAUUGGAAUGCCAACGCUUGUACACGAUCAUUGGAAGUUGUUAUUAUCAUAGAAGAUAUCUGAUUGGAUCUCAUCUGCCUCCAGAAGAUUUGAAACAAAUCCAAUCCUUUUUAAGACGAAAUGGACUGUUGAACUUAAUUGAUAAAGAACAAGUAAAGUCUCUAGUAGUAUGGAAAAGAGUGUAUCCUUCUUCUUGCUUGAAUAGAAAAUUUUCCUGGAAUGAAGAUCAAGUGUAUCCAUUAGUAGACAAAUGGUUUUUACUAAUUGUUGGCAAUGGUCACGAUUUACUUGCUGUCAUAUUGGAAUCAGGAGGCUGUACAGCAGUAUUAGCCGAAAAUGCGGGACCCGAUAUAUUUUACGUUGAAGAAGCUCAAGAAACUUUGAAGCAUAUAAGAAAAAUUGGCAUUCCAAUGUUGGCUGAAAAAUGGAUAAAUGCCAAUGCUAAACCCGAAAUCGUAGCUGUUCAAAAAGGAAGUACGCCUUCUAAAGCGUCACCAAACAUUUCCGACAAUCUCAUGGACUACAUUAAAACCAAUCAAUUGAGAUCCUCCAAUAACAUGAUUUCUACAACACCGAAGAGUUCUUUCGAUGCAUCCAAUGUUUCUAAAAAUCGAUCGGUCGAAGAUGCGCGCUUUGACUCUGCGCAUUCGUUUGAGACAUCGCGCGAUUCUCCCAGCCAAGAUUCAUUAAGUCAAGUUAGCUCUUUAAGCGAUCAAACUGCGCCUAUUUUAGGUAGACGAGCAACAAGGGAAAGAGCAAACUUUCUAGCGUCCAAACCGUCGGAUGAUGAUAGUGACUCCGAUUUAGACACUGAUCAGAGCAUUAUCAACGAACUUAGCAGUAUUCGAGCAAAUUUAUUGAAUCAAGCAGAAUACAUCGUUCCAAAAAUUAUUACAAGCGGCGAAAAAAAUUCAUUGGUUUACUUCGUCCAUAUUCAUUUAUUCGAAGGAAUUUUGAUUUCGUCGAACAUAAGUCAAAUUGAUCGAGAAUUUUUAUCACACUUGAAAUCUAGUAGUCAAACAAUACAUAGACUUUUGAGUGAAACUAAAAGGUACAAAAAAUUAUUAAGCCAAGAUGUAAGUAAAUCUGUGAUAAACAAAAGUUUGAUUGCAAUUAAAGAGUAUGGGAUACUAUUUGAAUGGGAAAAUAAUACUUACUGGGUUGUGGGACGUUUAUAUAAUGCACCUCAACCCAGAGAGCUAUAUAUUUGUUAUCAAGAUUGUGCCCCGCAAAAUUUAAUCGAAAUGUCUUUCAGAUUACAAUGUACAAAUUUUUAAAACAAUUUCAUGAAAGUAUUUUAAGACUGAUUAAGCAAUCUGUAAAUAAUUAAACGUAAGAAUAUAGUUAUUAAUAAGUAUCAAUUGACAAAAUCAAAAUAAUUAUAUAAUACUUUCAAAUGUGAUUAAUAUAUCAAAUGAGAUUAUUUAUAUUAGUCGAGAUGGGAUGUAAAAUAGACGAGCAACUUUUACUUUUUAUUUUUGUUUGUAUUUAAAUAUUUCGAAUCCGAACAUUUUGCGAUUUAUACAUAGUAUAUAAAAAAAUGUUAAACUUUUUCAGUGAUAAAAAAGUUGCAAUGUUCAAAUUACUCUACGCUCUUGAAUAUGACUAAACAUUUAAUAAUAUAAUUACAUGUGCGUACAUAUUAAGAAACUUGUUUUUAUAAAAGAUUUUAUAAACAUUUAAUAAUUCAAAUAUAACUCUCUACUUAAUAGCUUUUCAUUGGUAUAUUUAUAAUGAUAACUUAGAAAGUAUUUAUGGAUAUCAAUGAGGCUCAAAACUAUUAAAAACUUUUUGUGGACAAAUGAAUUGGCAUGUGUUUCAUUGUAUAAUAUAUAUUCU